CCUUACACACACACUUUCUCUCACUCCACAAACUUGUGUGAAAAUGGGAAUAAUCACCGGCCUCUUUGCGUUUGUCUUCCACCUGCCACAGAUUUAUAAAUGGCUCUUAAAGCCGUAUUAUUUUCUGUCGUUUCUUCUGUCUGUCGCUUUCCUUGCUGUGCGGAAAUGUCCGGGUGUGUGUGAGCACUUACCCUCUCAGAGAGAAGACGGAGACUCCUGCAACUUUGACUGGAGAGAGAUAGAGAUCCUGAUGUUCCUCAGUGCUAUUGUCAUGAUGAAGAACCGCAGAGCAAUAACACUGGAGCAGCAUUUAGGAAAUAUGUUCCUCUUCAGUAAGGUCGCAAAUGUCGUGCUGUUCUUUAGAGUGGACCUGAGAUUUGGCCUCCUCUACAUCACAUUGUGUGUUGUGUUCCUAAUCACAUGCAAACCUCCCAUGUACAUGGGUCCGGAGUACAUCACAUACUUCAAUGACAAAACCAUAGACGAGGAAAUGGAGAGGGACAGUCGAGUAACCUGGCUUGUCGAGUUCUACGCCAACUGGUCUUCAGAGUGUCAGUGUUUCGCACCUGUUUUUGCUGACCUUUCCCUGAAGUAUAACUGUGCUGGACUUAAAUUUGGAAAAAUAGACAUAGGACAAUAUGCAGCUGCUGCUGAGAGGUAUAAAGUAAGUCCCUCACCACUCUCCAAGCAACUGCCCUCUCUACUGCUGCUGCAGGGUGGCCGGGAAUUUAUACGUCGCCCACAAGUGGACAAGAAAGGAAGAGCUGUGAGCUGGACCUUCACAGAGGAAAAUAUCAUCCGCGAAUUCAACUUGAACGAGAUACUAGAGAAAUGUAAAAAGCUCGGGAAGGGCCGGAUUGAGAAGCUAGAAGAGCUGGAGUCCCUUCCACAAGAACAUGCUGGUGAACAUCAACCACUGAUGGAGGAUUCAGAGAGCAAAAAGGACAAAUAAAAGCAGAAUUCUGGGAGAUUGAUGAGCGAUUAGAUAGCUGGUUUUGUAAUUUUGGAAUAUUUGGGGUGAGAAUGCUUAAGGUUAUAUAAAUUAUUAGUGUUAGUAGUGAAAGCGCACACCUUUUUAUCAUGGACAUACUGUAUAAGGCUGAGUCUCUACUGGAUGGGACAAAAAAGAAACUGUGUUACAGUAUUCAAUAAACAUGCAACGUACAUUAGUUUUAUGCAUGUUGAAUAUUUAAAGGAGCAGUCUAGAGUUCUUAUCUGCCCAUGAGGUGACACUCGAUUGUAAGUGCCUUAGAGUUAUUCAGCAAAUCAGCUUUUCUUAAAAAUUAAAAAAACAUGCCUCAACAUUGCGAUAUUCUUGUAUCUGAUUUGUCGAAAGGUGUUGACUAUUGAGCUCUGAUGAUGAUUCCAAUCCGCCUGAUAAUAUCUUUUCAGACACAGAAAGGUAUUUGAGGUUUCUUUGUUAUGUCUGACUUUAAGUUGUUGUUCCACAACUUUUAAUCUAACUGUAAACAGAUAAAGAGGCGGCGUGCUGGCGGCAUGAUAGCGGUUAGCAUUGUGGCCUCGCAUCACCGCAGUCGAGGGUUCGAUUCCUGCUGCGGGUCUGUGUGUGUGUAGUUUGCAUGUUCUCCCCUUGCUUGGUGGGUUUUCUCAGAGCUUUCUCCCACAGACCAAAGACAUGCAGAUUAGGCCACAGUACUGUGAAAAAAUA